AUCAGUAAAAGAGGAGUCCAUCGAGAAAAUCGUCAAAGAGCUCGUAGCGAUAGAAGGGGAGAUCCCUCCUUUUCUCUUUUCCGAAUCCCUCGAUUUAUCCAUCGGCGAUGAGUUCGAGAGAGGAUAAGAAGAAGAAGGCGAUGACGGGAUCCAGCAGCGGCCGCGGUGGUAUACGGACGCUCGCGGAUCUGAACCGGCGACCCGACGCCGGAUCCGAUAGCGAUUCUGAUGGGCCGCAGGAGUACUACACUGGAGGAGAGAAAAGUGGAAUGCUUGUUCAAGAUCCUACCAAGGGGGGAAAUAAUGUUGAUGCACUAUUUGAUAGAGCUAGGCAAAUGGGAGCUAUGCAGGGACCUUUUGAGCCUCAUACAUCUUCAAGCUCAAGAAGUUUUACUGGGACUGGUAGACUUCUCUCAGGUGAAACAGUACCUGCAGCUCCUCAACCACCUGACAAUGUUAUCCAUAAUAUAUAUUUUUGGAGGAAUGGGUUUACUGUUGGUGAUGGACCAUUGAGAAGGUUUGACGAUCCUGCAAAUGAAUCAUUUUUAGAGAGCAUCAAAAAGCAAGAGUGCCCUAAGGAACUGGAGCCAGAAGACAGGAGGUCCACAGUGCACGUUAACCUGAUAAGGAGAGAAGAAAACUGCCCUGAACCAGUGAGGCAUCUGAGUCCAUUUCAAGGAGUAGGAAGAACUCUCGGCGGCGAAUCUUCUUUUACCGAGCCUAUUAACCAAGAGCCUGAUACUGUAGCUGCUGCUGCUCCUGUGGUAGCGGACGAUUCUAGGCCGACUACUUCAAUACAACUGAGAUUGGCUGAUGGUUCGAGAACAGUUGCACGCUUUAAUACUGACCAUACUGUUGGGGAUAUAAGGGCCUUUAUUGACAACCAUGCAGCAAGCAGUGGAAGAGCAGCUCCGCCUUCUUAUACGUUGCAGACUGUUGGGUUUCCACCCAAGAAGCUUACUGAUGCUACCCAGACUAUCGAGCAAGCUGGCCUUACCAAUUCGGUGGUGAUUCAAAAACUCUAAGCUGUUUGUGUGCAGAGUGAGGACAAUUUGUAAGGAUUUUAAAUACAACCACUUUUAUCUCUUAGUAACUCAUUUUAUAAACUGAGAUGGCAGCUCAUAUCUAGUAUAUAUUAGUGAAAUACAGCGCUUUCGAAUUCAAACAUGAUCUGCAGUUAACUUUAGCGUAGUGUUUUCUGAACACCAAUAUUUAUUGUUCGACCCUCGUGCGUCUUUGAUGAUCUUCUGCUGCUAUUAAAUUCUGUUGACGUUGGGACCGUGUA